UCUCAGCCACAGUCAGAGUCGCCGGUCUCAUUCUGAGAAGAGAUUUGGUGAUAUAGGAACUUCAGUACAAAAACUUUAAAACGGACAGAAAUGGAUGAUAAUAUACUCAGUUAUGAAACGCCGUAUGACCGCAUCUCUAAUCGGAGCGUGAUGUAAUAGGAAAAUACGGCUGUGGUGCAGAUUAAUUGUUCUUGAGUCCGGUAUACAGUGGGGAAGAGGAAAACUGGACAGCUCACAAGAAACCGACCCAACAGAGCAUUGUGAAUCAUUCUGCUUUUCAGAUACGAAGGUGGAUCAUUAAAAAUCCUGAAAUUCCAUCUUUAUUCUGAAACAGAGAAAACUACUUAGGAACUUUUCAAUGUAUGUGUGAUAAUUCCGGUUAGUCUGACGCUGCGUUUUUAUCUGUUGUGCAAAAGAAGAAUCAACCGAAUAAUGCACAGUUCACGUUCUUAGGGAUCAAAUUUCAGCAACAGAGAAAGAAACGACCCAACUGGAAAUCUUGUAAUAGCAUUCUUGCAAGAUAAAAUAAAUAAUUAUUAUAUUGUUGAAAACAUUCUUGCAGUUUAUUGAGAUGCUAACAAACAAUGCUUGAAGUUGGAUCCGAAACAAACUCCAGAAACAGUAACUCAAACUUUGAAUUAUUAGUAUUUGAACGUAAGAUAAGCUGCUGUUUUGGACAUUGUAAGUAGAAUAUGAAAACAGCAAUAAUACAUGAAAACAAACAACACGUGUAACUGCAUGCCUGCAGUAACACAUUCCGAUUGCCAGCUUUGUUUUUUUUUUGUUUUGUUUUGUUUUUUUCCUGAACCUGUGUGUGUCUGCACGUUUCCUCCUUCGCCUCUGACAUUUGGAAAUGUUUAUUCUUCUAUGGGCAAUUGAUGAAAGACCUGUAACUAUUUCAUUGUUUUUCAUUUGCACUUAAUCGUGGCUCUUUCCGCUUACCUGCUGUGAAUGAAUGGCACGGUUUGGUUUGUUGCAAUUAAAUGGCCUCGCGAGAAUGUUUGUACUUGGAGUCUUGGCUGGCUUCUCAGUUGUCAGUAUUCUGACUUAUGGUUACUUGUCGUGGGAAAACCUCCAUUCCACAGUACACAACAGAGCUGAAAACGAAAUAGACAAGCCUACCUCUCAACCUCACAUUAUUUUCAUCCUGGCAGAUGAUCAGGGAUUUAGAGACGUGGGAUACCAUGGUUCUGAGUUCAAAACUCCCACAAUAGACAGACUUGCUGCUGAAGGGGUUAAACUGGAGAAUUACUACGUUCAGCCUAUGUGCACUCCGUCAAGAAGUCAGUUCAUUACUGGCAGAUAUCAAAUCCACACUGGCCUUCAGCAUUCCGUUAUCAGACCCACUCAGCCUAACUGUUUACCGUUGGAUAAUGUGACGCUACCUCAAAAACUGAAGGAUGUAGGGUACUCCACACACAUGGUUGGGAAGUGGCACCUGGGGUUUUAUAAAAGAAACUGCAUGCCAACUCAAAGGGGCUUCGACACCUUCUUUGGCUCUCUCUUGGGAAGUGGUGAUUACUACAAGCAUUUUAAAUGUGACAGCCCUGGAAUAUGUGGCUAUGACUUGCAUGAGGGUGAGAAUGCAGCCUGGGAGCACGACAACGGGAUCUACUCCACAAUAAUGUACACCCAAAAGGUGGCGGACAUUCUAGCGUCCCACAACCCCAGGAAGCCCCUCUUUCUGUACUUGGCUUUCCAGGCCGUGCACUCCCCCCUACAGGUGCCCAGCAAGUACUUGGAACACUACAAAUCAAUUACCAAUUUACACAGGAGGAAAUACGCUGCCAUGGUAACCUGCUUAGAUGAGGCUAUCAACAAUGUGACAUUGGCUUUGAAGAAGUAUGGUUACUACAACAACAGCAUAAUUGUGUACUCCUCGGACAAUGGAGGGCAGCCCAUGGCAGGAGGGAGCAAUUGGCCUCUCCGGGGGAGUAAAGGGACGUAUUGGGAAGGAGGCAUUCGUGCGGUGGGGUUUGUGCACAGCCCACUGUUGCUAAACAAAGGCACCUUGUGUCGGGGUCUUUUGCACAUUACUGAUUGGUAUCCCACUUUGGUGACGUUGGCUGAAGGCCAGCUUGAAGAAAACCUGCUCUUGGAUGGUUACGAUGUGUGGGAGACUAUCAGUGAAGGGAUGCCCUCACCCCGGCUGGACAUCCUACACAACAUUGACCCCAUUUACACCAAGGCCAAAAAUGGGUCCUGGCAAGCCGGCUAUGGCAUCUGGAACACUGCCAUCCAGGCGGCCAUCAGGGUUGGGGACUGGAAGCUACUGACAGGUAUCCCUGGGUACAGUGACUGGGUCCCACCACAGACCUUCUCUGGACUUAUGACUAACCGCUGGCACAAGGAGCGGGUCUCCUGGGACCUGGGUAAGUCUGUCUGGCUCUUCAACAUCACAGCGGACCCCUAUGAGCGGGUGGACUUGUCUCACCUGUACCCUCACAUAGUCAAGCAGUUGCUGCUCAAGCUUGCCAAGUACAACAAGACUGCAGUGCCUGUCAGGUACCCCCCCAAGGACACCAGAAGCAACCCCCAGUUAAAUGGAGGGGUAUGGGGCCCCUGGUAUAAAGAUGAUGAGGGAAAGAGCAGCCUUGUCACCAAUCAUCUCAGCAAGAAGCAGAAAAAAAAAUUGAAAACGAAAAAUAAGUUGAAAAAGAAAGUGUGAUGGGUUUGGUUUAGUUCUUCAUACUGUACUCUUCUCAGGGAAGUUGAAGGCCUCCCAUAUCGCUGCAUACAAACAUACAGAUUCAUUGACAUGCAUGUACACGCACAAAAUCAAUACAUUGUUUUGUUAUUGAGGGACUUCCCUGAACAGGCUUGAAAUUGUGGUAAAUAUACUUUUAGGAAACACAAUGUUCCCAGAGAAUGCUGCUCUUUUUUCUGUGUUUCCUGUUGAAUUUCAGAUAAUGGCUCUAUAUUUAAAACGACAAUGCUUUUUUGGUAGGAAAUAAAAAUAGUGUAAUAUAUUAUUGACCGACAGACACAUUUUGUCAAAAAAUUUACAUUUAUAACUGAAGAUCCAGGUUACAGUGAAUGUGGGGAAUUAACUAUAUAACUGCUGUUGCAGAGUAAAUGAUAAUGAGCAAUCCCUGUGACUUACCCUUUUAUAGUAAUAGUUCUUAAGGAUGUGCAAAAAGUCAGAUUUAUUUAUUGCAGUUAAGAGCCCCUCCUUUUUGCAUUUGAUUGUAAUAAUGGUGCUAUAAUUUCUAAAUUAAAAUUCUAAUGCUACCCAAGUGCAUAUGUCUAAGACUUGUUAGAAUUAUAGCAGUGAUAGCAAUUCUUUUUCUACUAGUUUUGUAAAGGUGUUAUGAUUUGUUUUAAAUAAUGUACCCCCCCCCCCCCCCC